CAGUACAGAGCUCACAGCAGCCGCACAGUCUGUCGCCCGGAUGGAGGGAUACGGAGAGAAGAUGUACCAGCCGACUACAGACACGGUGACGAUGCAGCCGGGGGUCGUUCCCUAUCAGCCCCCCCAGAAGGAUUAUUUGGUUUGGUCCAUCAUUAACCUGAUCUGCUGCUGUCUGCCGCUCGGGAUCGUCGCUCUCAUCUUCUCCAUCAAGACCCGCGAUGCCACUCACCAGAAUAACACCUUCCUGGCCGCCAAGCACUCCGGCACCGCCAAAAACCUGAAUAUCGCCGCCACGGUGAUCGGAGUCGUCAUAAACAUCAUCGUAAUCGCCAUCUACGUCGUCUUCUUCAUCUAUUACAAGAAAAAAGUUGAGGAAAUUCACAACGACUUUAACAACUUUGACAAAACAUUCUUUAACCCCCCCAACUAAAUACCCCUCCCCCCCCACUAUAUACCCCUCCCCCCCCCAAUAUAUACCCCCCCUACAACUAAAUACCCCCAGACGCCUUCAGUAACAUUGGCGUAAGAUGAAUGUGGCCCCUGGGGUCUGUAUGUUUCCUCAGAUCACAUCAUUGUAUAAUCCUCAUCAUAAUAAACCGUCACC